AUGGGACUACGUUUUAGUCCGAAGUCACAGGCUACUAGCCAGGCUGUUCCAGAGGCAUCACACUCGGAUUCAGAGGCCUCCAUCAUUCGCGAUGGUGAUCUCUCCUACGUGCGUCAAACAGCAGGAAAUGGCGCCUCAGGAUACCAGGAGGCUGUCGGUGCUCCCGUCGAAACACGCUCGCCGCUAGGAUACCACGUCAACUGGCUGACGAUCAUCUUCCUCAACCUCAAUCACAUGGUCGGCACUGGUAUCUUCUCCACGCCUGCCACAAUCCUACGCCUCACAGGUUCAGUUGGACUUGCCCUCGUUUACUGGGUCAUUGGGUUCCUCUUGGCUGCCGCUGGACUCGCUGUCCACAUGGAGUUUACUAGUUACUUUCCCAACCGCAGUGGCUCAGAGGUUGUAUGGCUUGAGCAAGGAUAUCCUCGACCGAAACACCUUUUCCCUGUCGCCUUCGCUGUUCAGUCUGUACUUCUAUCAUUUAGCAGCAGCAACGCGAUUGUCCUCUCCAACUACCUCUGGCGCAUCGUCGGGCGCGAUCCGGGUCCCUGGGAGCUCAAGGGCGUUGCUAUUGCAGCUUACACGCUGGCUGUCAUUACUGUUAUCGCUCACAACAGGUACUCGCUCUGGGCCAUCAACAUCAUUGGGGCCUUGAAGCUGCUGUUGCUACUAUUUAUCUCUAUCUCAGGGCUUGUUAUCCUUGGAGGUCAUUUUGGCAGAAUCGAGAACCCUGGUAUAAACUUCAGCAAUGGCUUUCAAGGCACGACUUCGAGCGGCUACAGUCUAUCUCAGGCCAUGGUCAACAUCACAUUUGCGUUUUCGGGCUGGCAAAACGCUUUCAGCAUGGCAAAUGAGAUCAAGAAUCCUAUCCCCACCUUGAAAAAGAAUGCCACGGCUUCCCUUCUCAUUGUGUUCUCUCUCUAUUUCCUCUGCAACGUCGCCUACUUUGCCGCGGUCCCCAAGGAUAUCUUUCUAGAGUCGAAAGAGCUGGCUGCUGCUGUAUUCUUCCGGACAGCCUUUGGAUCUUCUGCUGAAUCCGCUCUGAAUUUCUGUGUCCUCCUGAGCUCCUUUGGCAAUCUCCUUGCUGUUCUUAUCAGCCAGUCUCGUCAAAUUCGAGAGAUUGCGCGUCAAGGCGUCCUCCCAUGGACAGAGUUCUGGGUCUCGACUAAACCUUUCGGCACUCCUAUUGGCCCAUAUCUACUCAAAUGGGGAUUCACAUUUCUGAUGAUCGUCGCGCCUCCAGCAGGUGAUGCCUUUCAGUUCGUCGUUUCUCUCAAGACGUACCCAGACGCCAUAUUCCAUGCCGCCAUGGGCGUUGGUCUUUUGCUGAUCCGUCGCCGUCGUUCUCGCUCAGGUACCCCCAGAUCUGAUUUUCGAGCAUGGUGGGCUCUUGUUAUACUGUACCUCUUGGCUCAGGUCUUCCUGCUCGUCAUGCCCUGGAUUCCUCCAGAAGGUGGUAUUUAUGCUGGAACAGUUAGCUUCCUAUGGUGUACCUACAUGAUUGUCGGAAUUGGAAUCAUGGCAACGUGCGGUAUUUACUACUACCUUUGGAUGAAGGUGCUCCCCCGCUGGGGCAAUUAUAGCAUCCGAUCCAAAGUUAUCUCUGUCGAUGAUAAUGGCGCCAACACGCAUCGGCUUUUACGGGUGCCUAAUUCUCAGGUGGCUGAGUGGGAUGCUACCCAUGACGAUCUUGGCCGAGACUUACCGUCUCAGCGGGAAAUCAGUCGCAACAAUAGCAGCUCGGAAAAGUAG